AUGUCGGUAACGUACGAUUUUACGGGACGAGUAGCUCUGAUAACGGGGUCGAGUUCGGGCAUCGGUGCGGCCACUGCUGUACUAUUGGCCAAAAGCGGAGCCCAAGUGGUGAUCACCGGACGUAAUGUCGAUAAACUGGACAAAGUAUGCACAGAGUGUACACAUGUCUCACCAAAUGGCCUGAAAGCGGUUCAAGUGGUGGCCGACGUGACCAAAGAGGCAGAUCUCGACCGACUUUUGGCCAUUGCUAUCCAAAAAUGCGGUAAAUUAGAUAUUCUGGUCAAUAAUGUCGGCUAUUGGCAGUUGUGUCCCAUAACUGGUGAUAAUUAUAUGCAACACUUAUCGCAUAUUAUGAACACAAACCUAUUAUCGGCCGUAUAUUUAACGCAUAAAUCGGUUGAAUAUUUGGCAAAAACUAACGGAUCUAUAAUUAACAUGUCUAGCAUUUGGAGUACAUUAAGCGCCCCAAAAAUGUCAGCAUAUGCGAUGACAAAGGCAGCGCUCGAUAUGUUCACCAAAUGCAUGGCUGUCGAGUUGGCAGCCAAACGCAUCCGGGUUAAUUCAGUCAAUCCGGGCGCCGUUUACACCGAUGCCCUACAGAAUAGCUUUGGUGUGACUGAAGCCGAGGGCAGACAUCUAUUUGAUAAGUUUGCGGCCGACUAUCCGGUGGGACGGGUAGGCGAAGGAGUGGAUGUGGCCAAUGCCGUGGCUUAUCUAGCCAGUAAUGAGGGUAGUUUUAUUACA